UAACUACAGCAAGGGGCCAUUGACACAUAUAGAGAUGGACAAAGCGCCUGUGACGUCACCCAUAGAAAAUGCCUUAACUCCAAAAGAAUUAAGUCAAUUUAGUUGACAUUUUUUUCACGAUACAGACGUGUUAAUAAGAGUUAAAAAGAGAUAACAAAGCAAGAAUGGUUAUUCUGACAAAUACAAUGAAUGACUCCAAUGACUCCAAUUUUUAUUUUUAUUUUUUGACUCCAAUAUUUAUACGGAAUUUCCUCUUUCUGUUACCAGCAGGUACUUCCUGUUUGGAACGUGAGGGGGGAGGGGACAAGGGACAUGUGAAUAAGAGAUUUUAGGUUUACGAAUAGUAAACAAGGAAAAAAAAAUAAAUAAAUAACAAGAAAAAUUAUUACCAAUCAAAAAGGGGAGAACAAAGUCCCACUGCAUGGUACACUUUAGGAGUAUGAAUGUUUUAAGAGUGUUGUAGAAUUACAGAAAUUCAGUAAAAAAAAAAAAAAAAAAGAUAAAAAAAGAUUUAAAAAGCGACAGAAAAGAGAGAGAGAAAGAAAAAUCUCUCUUUCUUUGUAAUAAUAAAAUCCGGUUUCAAUGGGUGAUCAAUUAAGAGUAUUUUCUGUUUUAUUUUGUAUUUCUACUGGUGAUAGAGCGUGAAAUUGACUUGUGACGUUGUCCGACGUCACGUUUUGUUUGCUCAUGCGCUGACUCGAGCUUAAAAUAUUCCCCACUGCACUCGAAGGCAUCUUGAGCGAGAGAGAGAGAGCCUCGCGCCAGUAGCGCGUGCACCUGAAAUGAAGCACUGUCCUCAGUGAUGUUUUCUUCACAACUACAGCCAAUGAAAGUCGUUUUUUUCCUAGUUAAGAUGUGAAGGAAGAGGAGAGUCUUUGCGCAGACAGAGGAUGAGAAACGAGUGCCGACAGGCGGCUAGGUUAGAGAGCAGAGGCUAGGUGAAGACCACAAGGGCAUCACUCAGUGCUCCCCUGUGUGAUUGAGGCUCUCAUCCCGUUGUAAUGGUCGAAUCAGAACUCCGUUUCGAACGGUCGUAGAUUGGGAUAAAGCCCCGCUCCUCUUCCGGUUUUGGUUGGUUCUGGGAAAACGUUGAUUAGCCGAAAUGAAAUUUACAGAGCAUCUAUCCGCACACAUUACGCCGGAGUGGAGAAAACAAUACAUCCAAUAUGAGGCGUUCAAAGAGAUGCUGUAUGCUGCCCAGGACCAGGCGCCAUCUGUUGAAGUUACAGAUGAGGACACCGUUAAGAGAUACUACGCCAAGUUUGAAGAGAAGUUCUUCCAGGCGUGUGAAAAAGAGCUGGCCAAGAUCAACACCUUCUACUCUGAAAAGCUGGCUGAAGCGCAGCGGCGGUUCGCCACCCUCCAGAAUGAGCUGCAGUCGUCUUUGGACGCCCAGAGGGAGAGCCUGGCCAAUGCCCGAGGGCUGCGGAGGAGGAAGACGGUGUUCGCCCUGUCACAGCAGGAGAGAUGCAAACACAGAAACAUAAAGGACCUGCAGCUGGCCUUCUCUGAGUUCUAUCUCAGCCUCAUUCUGCUGCAGAAUUACCAGAACCUGAACUUUACAGGUUUUAGGAAAAUACUGAAGAAGCAUGACAAGAUCUUGGAAACGUCACGGGGGGCGGACUGGAGGGUGGCUCACGUUGAGGUGGCUCCGUUUUACACCUGCAAGAAGAUCACGCAGCUCAUCUCUGAGACGGAAGCGUUGGUCACAACAGAGCUGGAGGGUGGGGACAGACAGAAGGCCAUGAAGAGGCUGAGGGUCCCUCCUCUGGGAGCCGCACAACCUGCUCCUGCCUGGACCACUUUUAGAGUUGGACUCUACUGUGGAGUUUUCCUUGUCUUAGUCGUCGCUGUGGUAAUUACAGGAGCUGUGGUGAUUCGAAAUUCCCAUGUCUGGCCUAUGGUCAGGAUCUACAGAGGGGGCUUCCUGUUGAUAGAGUUUCUCUUUCUACUGGGGAUCAACACGUACGGAUGGAGGCAAGCAGGAGUCAACCACGUCCUCAUAUUUGAGCUCAACCCAAGAAACAACCUCUCCCACCAGCACCUGUUCGAGAUUGCAGGCCUGCUGGGGGUUCUGUGGUGUGUCAGCCUCCUGGCUUGUUUAUUCAGUGACAGCAUUCAGAUCCCGAUGCAGGCCAACCCUCUGAUUCUGUACGGAUGCUUCCUCCUCUUUCUCAUCAACCCCUUCAAAACCUGCUACUACAAGUCGCGCUUCUGGCUGCUGAAGCUCCUGUUCCGAGUUGUGACGGCUCCCUUUCAUCGGGUCGGGUUUGCAGACUUCUGGCUGGCUGACCAGCUGAACUCUCUGGUGACGGUUCUGAUGGACCUGGAGUACAUGAUCUGCUUCUACAGUUUUGAGCUGAACUGGACGGAUCGGAAGGGACUCCUCAAUAGCGGUAAAGUGUGCAACUCGUAUUCCUACGGAGUCCGCGCCGUGAUCAAGUGUCUCCCCGCGUGGUUCCGCUUCGUCCAGUGUCUUCGACGGUACCGCGACACCAAGCGAGCCUUUCCUCAUCUGGUCAACGCGGGGAAAUACUCCACUUCCUUCUUUGUGGUGGCCUUCGCUGCUCUCUACAGCACUCACAGAGAGCAAGACCACGCCCAGAUCUUUUUCUAUUUGCACAUCGGCUGUUUGGUGGUCAGCUCGUGUUACACUCUCAUCUGGGAUCUGAGGAUGGACUGGGGUCUGUUUGACCGCAACGCCGGGGAAAACUCCUUCCUGAGGGAAGAGAUCGUUUACCCACACAAGGCCUAUUACUACAGUGCCAUUGUGGAAGAUGUCCUCCUGCGUUUUGCAUGGAUUUUAACCAUCACUGUCACCACUCUCACUGACAUUCCCUACAGUUCAGACAUACUGGCUACAGUCCUGGCUCCACUUGAGGUGUUCAGACGUUUUGUGUGGAACUUCUUUCGACUGGAGAACGAACAUCUGAAUAACUGUGGUGAGUUCCGGGCGGUCCGAGACAUCAGCGUGGCUCCGCUCAAUGCCGACGACCAGACUUUGCUGGAGCAGAUGAUGGACCAAGAGGACGGAGUCCGGAACAGGCAGGGCAAGAAGAACUGGAAGAGGAGCUACAGUAUGAGUCUACGCAGGCCGAGACUCGCGUCUCAGUCAAAGACCCGCGACACCAAAGUCCUGAUAGAGGACACGGACGAUGAUUCCUGACAUCAGGCCACGCCUCUCGCCUGGGUCCAGAAUUUGUUCAAAGUGGGGAACUCCACUACUUAAAGGAGAAACGACCCAGCGAGUGGCGUCCCAGAUCAAACCUCGCCACCUCUCCUCCGCUGCACGAGCCGCUUCUUGGGUUCUGAUUUCAUCCAGGAGGAGGACUAUUCCAACAAUCGAGCCGUUCACACGGCUAACCCACCUUCAGUCGCCACCAACAGGGAGCUUACCGCUGAAACUCUGGCUGAGUGGGUGAGAAGCUGUCAGCGACGGGCAGGAAGUGUUCCCGCCACAUCUGUGUCACGCAGGGAGCGCCCCCUGCUGUCAUGAAUCCCACUCUAAACAUCCCAGGAAAGCUCCGAGGAGCUUAAAAAAACAAACAUGUGCCACAUCAGGAGGUGACUUUUGCCUCGUAGAGCCAGACCGUUUUUCCGCAGUGGUCUUAUCCCCGCCUCUUCAUCCUCUGUUACAUCGUCGGACUGUGAUGAGAACGAUUGUCUACUUAACCUCACGCACUUUGAAGGAAACCUUAGCCAGGAUCAGAAAAUGUGGACAUCUGAUGGGUCCAAGUUUAUAUAGAUUCACUUGACUGCUUUGUCUUCAUGAGAAAAGACUCCUUUAGGAAUGGAUUGACCCAUUUUAACUGUAAAUAUGCCAUAGGGGUGGGAUUAAAUGUAAAAAGUCCAAAAUGGGGGGGAAAUGAAGGAUGAGCGACCUGCAGGAACCACAACCGAUGCCUCUGCUGAAUGUACCGGAGAAUUCCUCACCGUCUGUCCGCUUUUGAUUUUCAGCUUCUCUGCAAAAGUCCUACAAGAACUUGAUGAUUUAGUCCUUUGAAGAAGUAAAAACUAUAACUCUUAUAUGGAAUGUGAUGAAACUGCCCCCUACUGGUCCAAUCUAGGAUUUGAUUCUGCAAAUUUGUCAGCCAAAGCUUCCGGACGGUCAGCUAAAACAUCUCUACGUUCUGGUGUAUUUAUAUAUUUUUGGAUGAAAUAAUAUAUCUAAUCAUUUAUUUUAAUAUGCUGCAUACAAAUUAUUUAUGAUUCUCAAUACCUUAUUUUCCCGGUAACCAUUUUUUUCCCUCCACGUCUACCUUUGGAGCAGACACUUGAGUACGUUUGGUUGCUGCUCCUCCAGUCUCACCCUCAAUCGUCUGAUGGAUGAAGCAAAGUUCUCUGCAGGCAGAAUAACAAAAACAACAACACUGGAACAUUGUUGUCAUUUCAUUAUUUUGUUUUGUUUUUUUUUUCUUCGACAUUCCAAAUGUGGCCGAAACCCUUCAGCUGCUUUCAAAGCGUAUUCCUUCAGUAUUUCAAGACCUUCUCUGAUUUAUUUUGCACUGCUCAGCAGGCAUAACUCUAGUUCAUCACUUGUGCAUGCGGUUUCUAGUGACUCACCCCCCCGACUGACGGAUUCCACGAGCAGCAGUCGCUUUCUGUGCACUUUAACGCCAAACAUUUCCAGGUUUUUAUGUUUCUCUUUGCCUCAAAGUGAAAACACGGUCUAGUUCCUGUAUAGUAAAAAAAAAAGAGAGGUUAUUUUUAUCUCGUUAAUGUGGUUUUUUAAAUCCGAAAGGCGAUGACAGACUUGUAUCCCGGCAAACUUUUUAAGAAACUUUGUGUCUCAUUCUGUUGUACAUUUGAAAGUAGAGCUCAGAUGAACGUCAUGGUCUUAAAUCCUCCCCCAUUGUCAACAAUCAAUAAAUCCUUUUUCUUACUCAUUUCA